AUGGUGGGAUGGGGAACGGGAGUUUCGGUCGGGGAGGAGGAGGUAAGGAGGAUAGUGAGGAGAGCGAAGGGGCUGAGGGAACAAGGCGGAGGGCAGGACGAAACUCAGUUCUCGACGGGGCUGACGAGUGCUCUCCUGGAGGCAGCCAAGGCGGAUACUCUCCCAGCAGACUUCAAGUGCUGCUUCCGAGCGACGCUGCUGGACCAAGGGCUGACCGAUGACAGAGCAGAUUUGGUCGCAAGAAUUUAUGAGGAGGAGAAGACGUCUCUCAGGAAGAUACUUGCUCGAACUCAGUUCACCUUCCCUCAGCUGACCGGAGUGACGUGGCGCCUUGACUUUGUGGUCAAGACAAAGCAUGUGGACCAUGCUAUUCGCCCUCUCUUCCAUGUUCGUUUCCACACCGUCAAGCCGGACGGUUCGGAGGAAGAUAUCGACUUCACUUGUACCGAGGAGGAGCUGAGUGACCUUCAUGACACGCUGAAGCAAGCAUGCCAUCAGGUGACGAUGGCGAUGAACUCUCUCUAG